AUGGUUGCUCACAGGUCACUGAAUAUGGAUAUGAAGAGGAGAUUGGAGGCAAACGAUAUAGCUGGCAUAAGACCCGCAAAAAGCAUUAGGUUGCUUGAAGUUCAAGCAGGUGGACCAGAAAAUUUAAGCUGUUUGUCAAAGGAUUGUCGAAACUUCAUUGAGCGAAAGAGGAGGCUACGACUUGGUGAUGGUGAUGCUGAGGCUAUACGUAAGUUGUUUGUGAGAAUGCAACGAAACGAUCCUGAGUUUUUCUAUUCAUUUGAUCUUGAUGAUGAUUCCAGGCUUUCAAAUGUUCUAUGGGUUCAUCCUCGUAGUCGAGCUGCUUACGAGGAAUUCAAUGAUGUUGUUAGUUUUGACACUACUUACCUUGUUAAUCGAUACAAGUUGCCAUUUGCCACCAUUAUUGGAGUAAAUCAUCAUGGGCAAUCUAUUUUAUUAGGAUGCGCCUUGAUCUCACAUGAAGAUGUAAACACUUUUAAGUGGUUGUUCAUGACGUGGCUUGAAGCAAUGGAAGAUGUUCAUCCUAAUUCUAUUCUUACAGAUCAAUGCGUGAGCAUGAGGAAAGCCAUUAGGGAGGUAAUGCCUAAUACUAGACACAGAUUUUGCUUGUGGCAUAUAUUAUGCAAGGUACCUGAGAAGUUUAAGGGUGUUACUGAUUAUGAUAGUGCAUGCCUUGAGUUUAAAGCUGUAAUAUAUGAUAGCUUAACCAUUGAGAUGUUUGAGAGAAAUUGGAAUGAGUUUGUGGUGAAGCAUGGGUUGGAAAGAAAUGAAUGGCUUUCCAAACUAUAUAUUGAUAGGGAGUAUUGGGUUCCAAUUUAUCUCAAUCAGACAUUUUGGGCUGGAAUGGUUUCGACUCAAAGGAGUGAGAGCAUGCAUGCCUAUUUUGAUGGGUAUGUUAACUCAAUGAGCACACUAAAGCAAUUUGUGGAGCAGUAUGAGAUUGCUAUGUGUGACAAGAAUGAAAAGGAGUUCUAUGCUGAUUUCAAAUCAAAAAACACAGUUGUAAAUUGCAUAUCUAUUUUUGAAUGGGAAUAA